CUGAUACUUGAUCUCACUCACUUGCUCUCUUUAAUAUCUGGGGACUGACACGGCUACAAGUGCACUGCUGUGGACUUAGCAUAGACUAUGGUUCUAGUUUUUAGAUUUGGGGUGUGUUUUAAAAUUUAAAAAAUGUAAUUUGUUAUUCUUUCUAGAAUGGGGCCUCCUCCACUCCUAGGAGUGCUUAUAACUACUGACAGUGCUGGAAAUCCCAUGAUGGGCUCUGAAAAUCCAGAGAGAUUCUUUUGGCUCAUGCAUCAUCACUUGAAACAGCUAAAACGUGGCCAAAAUGACUAAUCUGGAAGAAGCUGAAGUACAACUUUCUGAGUUAGACCUACUUUCUAGUAUGUUUCCUGAUGAAGAUGAGUUUAUUGUGACUGAUCAGCUGGCUGUAGCAGAACUAAAACAUUAUAUUGAUAAUAAGACGUCAGAGAUCCCAUCUUCAAAAGUUCAGUUUAUACUGAAUGUAAAACAAGAGGUUGCUGAUGCCACUAUGGUAAUGCUUUCUUUAUCCUGUGCUUUACCACUUAACUACCCCGCUGUUCUACCAGAAAUUACUGUCAGGUCAUCAUCAUUAAGCCGAUCACAGCAGAUUCAGCUGAACACAGAUCUAAAAACAUACUUGAAGCAAAACUGCAGUGGUGAGGUCUGUGUAUUAAAUGCAAGAGAAUGGGUUAAAGAUCAUGCAGCUGCUUAUAUCGAUAAGGAGCUUUCAUCUUCCUCAGUGAUGACAUUGAGGACUAUGCAGUCAGAAGAUGUCAUUUUCACUAGAUUAUGGAUCUAUAGUCAUCACAUCUACAACAAGCAUAAAAGAAAGAAUAUAGUUGAUUGGUCUAAGGAGCUCGCUCUGACGGGGUUUAGCAUGCCUGGGAAACCAGGUGUCAUUUGUGUAGAAGGCCCAAAGAGUACUUGUGAAGAAUUCUGGUCAAGAGUCAGAAGAUUAACAUGGCGGACAAUUUUAAUUCGCCACAGAGAGGAUAUUUCUCUGGAUGGGUCACACGCUGAGAUGCAGAAACAAAGAAAAUUCUCAUAUUUUGAAGAAAAAGUAUUUGAUGCGCAUGGGGCCAGAGGAAAUCAUAUGGAUCUGGGGCAGCUCUAUCAUUUUUUAGAUGGAAAGGGGUGUGCUGAUGUUUUUCAGAUGUACUUUGGAGUUGAAGGAUGUUAGAUCAGCAAGGAUCCAAUCAAUGAACUUGAAAAAUUAUGUGACAGUCUUGGAUAAAUUAUUCUUUUCCCCUCUGAAAUAGUUGAUCAGUGAGGGGAAUGAUUACUGCUGCUUUAUAAGAUGAAUUCAGUUUUCCAUGAAAAUGAAUAAUGGUCGUGAAAAUGACUAUAUGGAUGCUUUAAUAUAAAGAUAUUUUUAAGGGAAAGAUAUAAUGAUGCUAAUGACAAAGACAACAACAAUAAACCAACAACAGCUUUUUAAUAGAUGCUAUAUACUAUUUAUAAUCUGAAUUAUUAAAAAUUCACCUUGGAGAAGUUGAUUAUAUCUAUGUAAUAUAGUAAAAAGAUCCA